AUGUCUGUCUGGCUGCAUGUGUGCGUGAGGCGACCAAGCUCAGCUGAGGCCGAAACCGAAGUCGCCGAGAUGCGACACCUCGCGGAGUCUGGCCGGGAACGCGAAACGCCGCGACGGUUCGUCAAGGCGUCGAGCAGUCGACACCAUCUAAAAGCCGCCGGUCGGUCAUCGGCGAGAACGGUCUUGUCUUCGCGUCACACGUCAGUCUGGCAAGCCUCGUCGAGUGUGUCUCUGGGCGCCCGGCCUCGGGAGGGAGACAGUAGCAGCGAAAAAAAGAGGACGAAAAAAGUGAGCAAUUGA